GGGCUCGCACACGUGUUUGGUGACGUAGAUACACAGGAAGCGAUUGCAUGGUGAACAUGUGAAGUUCUCCUGCAUGUUGAAGAAGCUUUUUAGUUUGAUUUUAAUUUCUAAUUUAAAUUGAAUUCAAUUUAUUUAAUCUUUCGCUUAAUUGUAUAAUAUGGAUGACGAUGUUUUAAGUCUGAAGAAACAGCUCCUGGAAAAGGAUGCGGAAAUCGCUGCUUUAAAAAACAAGCUCGAGCAAAGCCAGAAGGAGAACUCUUUACUAAUGGACCUACAAGACCAGGUGUCGCAUUUGGCUCAUCUGCAGUGUACCUCUUUAAGCAAUGAUGCCAUUAUGCGCUACAGCAGGCAGCUGCUCCUGCCAGAGCUCGGUGUCAGAGGUCAGAUGAAUCUUUUAACCACGUCUGUUUUGGUGGUGGGAUGUGGAGGUUUAGGCUGUCCUCUAGCCCUCUACCUGGCUGCAGCUGGAGUAGGGCGUUUGGGGCUGUUGGAUUAUGACGAGGUGGAGCUAAGUAAUCUGCACAGACAGGUUCUGCACACAGAGAGGACUCAGGGUCUGCCCAAAGCCUAUUCUGCAGCACAGGCCCUAAGCAGGUUAAAUUCUACAACACAGUGUGUGCCGUAUCAUCUCCAGCUCUCCUCUGAGAAUGCCUUACAACUCAUCCAACAGUAUGACAUUGUGGCUGAUUGUUCAGACAAUGUUCCAACACGGUACCUUGUCAACGAUGCCUGUGUUCUCAGUGGCAAGCCCUUAGUGUCUGCUAGUGCUUUGCGAAUGGAAGGCCAGCUCACUGUGUAUAAUUACAAUGGAGGGCCCUGUUACAGGUGUUUAUAUCCUGUUCCCCCACCACCUGAAACUGUCACAAACUGCUCUGAUGGAGGAGUCUUAGGAGUGGUGGUUGGAGUCAUGGGCUGUCUUCAAGCUUUAGAGGUUCUGAAGAUUGCCUCUGGCCAAAAAUCUUCAUUUGGGCAGCAGUUGCUGAUGUUUGAUGCUCAGGAUAGCCGGUUUCGCUGCAUAAAGCUGAGAGCCAAGCAGGCAGGAUGUGUUGUUUGUGGAGAGACGCCCACAGUCACAGAGCUACAGGACUAUGAGAGCUUCUGUGGCUCUGCUGCAACAGAUAAGUGUCGAAGAUUGAAUCUUCUGUUUGCAGAACAGCGAGUCUCUGUGCAGGAGUAUAAAUCCGUUGUGGACUGCAGUACUCCUCAUCUCCUGCUUGAUGUUCGGCCCAAAGUGGAGGUGGACAUUUGCCAUCUGCCAGUUUCCAUCAAUAUUCCACUGGCCAGUUUAGAGGAUCAAAAUGCAGACCACAUUAAUUUCCUAAAGGAGAAGAUCAGUGAGCUGAAACUGCAGAUGAGCUCUGAAUUACAAGUCCCAGUGUAUGUAGUGUGUAAACUUGGGAAUGACUCUCAGAAGGCUGUGCAGCUGCUGGAGAAGAUGUCUGGAACUGAACUAGAGCGCAUCACUGUGAAAGAUAUCAUCGGAGGCCUGAUGGCCUGGGCUAAUAAGAUUGAUCCCUCUUUUCCAAAAUAUUAACUUUCAUUCAUUGAUUGUAUUCCUUUAUCCAAAAGUCUACAUGCUAGUCACUAUUUUCUAUUUUUAAAAAAAACUUUAUAUGCACUCUUUUGAUAUCAAGUCUGUUUAUUGGCAUUUUGGUCAUAUUAAGUGCAGAGGGAGACAAGACACCUGACAGUUGACACCUUGACAGAGCCUGACACCAACCUUAAACAGUUUUGACCUAAUGCCAAGAAAGCAGACACAGCUCUCACUGCACUUAUAAAGAGAAUGGAUUGACACACUCAGUGAUGGGCCUUCUCCAAAAAACAACCUCAUGUAAACACAUGUAGACUGGAUUAGUACACUCCCAUGACCCCUCGCAAUGCUGUGCAAGAGUAAAGAGCUGGGAAAACCCACACUGUACUGGUUCAACUAUCGGACAUAGCUUUCUUUCCAGAAUCCUGGCAUAGACUUUUCCUGGGAGGCUAAAGAGUGUGAAUUGGACUACACCCUCUUAUCCCCUCUUUUAAAAAUAAGGACCACCAUCUCAAUUUGCCAGUCGAAAGAUAUUGAAGAGUGGAGUUAACCACACAACCACAACCUUGUCCAAUGUUUUCAGCGUCCGUGGAAGAAUCUCAUCCACCCAUGCAUCCUUGCCACUAGGGCUGUCAUUAUCGAUUAUUUUGAUAAUCAAUUAGUUGACCGUUUUCUUUACUUAAUAAUCUGGUAGUGAAUAUGUCGCCUGAAAACAUACUUGUAGAGACAAUUAAAAUUUUUCCCUAAAUAAAUGCUACAUAUAAGUGCUAUAUAAAUAUACUUUGUUUGGUCCUAAAAUUCAGAAUUUUUAAUGAAAAAUAAAUUCCCAACAAUUACUCAA